UCUGCGAGUAACAGUAUUAGCUGAUUCUCUGCACACAGAACAGAACAGCGCUUUGUCCCCAGGGAAAGAAGCUAUUUCAGACUUAACUAAGGAAUCAUCUAACAUGUUUCAACAAUCCCUACUGUUUCUCUGUUUGUUUUAAAGAUAUCACUGUGAUUUUGUUUCAUUUGCAACUGGAGACUAAAUGAAACCAAGCAGAAUCUGCUGUUAGGUUAGAUGACAAGUUCCAGGAUACUUUGAGACGCGCAAAGACAUGCAGGCUACAUCAUUAGUCUAUUAUUUCCUGCUUGUCUCUCUGUGCAUUGAUUUUUCUCAAAAUGAAAGCAGUACACUUCUCAGGAGGCCAAGGAGAAGAACACGCCACAGAGGACUGCGCAGGAGCUCCUCAGCAGGGCACAGGUCCCCAAGGCAGCCAGGGAUGGAGCUUCCAGCUCCCGUUGCCGCAGCACCCAGCAUACCUCUUAUUAACAUUGAUGACGGUGUUAUGGGAGUAUUUGAUUCUUUCAUAGGUUUGGGUGGCCAUGAAUCGAGUUACAAUGUUUUACCAGGAAAGAAGGGGCACUGCACAGCUAAUGGGAUGAUUAUGUAUGAUAAAGCCGUCUGGUCUCCCAAGCCCUGCAUUACCUGUCUCUGUUCAAAAGGAGAAGUGAUAUGUGAUACAACCAUGUGCCCACCUCUGAAAUGUCUCCAAACUAUUAUACCUGCAGGAGAAUGCUGCCCAGUUUGUUCUGAUACUGCCUCCUCUUUGGAUUCAAGUAUUAUUUCACUGGAUGACAUAAGUGAGUUCUCCGGUGAUUCUCCAGAACCCAAUGACCUUGACAACAUCAACGUAUUGUCAGCACCUACUGAAAUUGAAAAAGAUGAGCUGCUUAGAACAGAAGCGGUGGAGUUUAAAGAGAAAGAGGGUCGGAAAAAGGAUGAAAAGAAAAGAAAAAGGAAAGGCAAAAAAAAUCGUCAGAAAUAUAAAGCCCAUCACAGAGAAAAGAAACCUAUCACAAGAAAGGGAGCUGAAGAUGAAGAAAUAGAACAUGAAAGUGAUGAAGAUGAUGAUGGUGCUUUCAGAACGCCAUCUCAUUUCCCAAUUCCUGUUCCACCCAUAGAAGCUCCUCCCUUGCCAUCUGGAUGUUCCACCUCGGACACCACAGUAAGCUGUAUUAAUGCCAAACUUACACAAAUACCACCAAUCUCAGAUCCAGAUCUAACAAGCCUAGACCUCACAGGAAAUAGUAUCACUACUAUCUCAGAUGAAGCAUUCAACGGGAUACCUAAUUUGGAAUGGAUUGAUCUGAGUAAAAAUAAUAUUACUUCUCCUGGUGUAGGCCCACGAGCAUUCAAAAUUCUGAAAAAGCUAAAACGUUUGUAUUUGGAUGGAAAUAUGCUGGUACAUAUUCCCUCUGCAUUGCCAUCAAGUUUGGAAGAAAUAAAAAUAAAUGACAACCACCUUCAUGCCAUUGAUGAAGACGGCUUACAAGAUUUAAAGAACUUGGUCACCCUGGAAUUAGAAGGAAAUAAACUUAGUGAAGCGAAUGUCAGUCCUUUGGCCUUUUAUCCUUUGAAAAGUCUCUCUUAUUUGCGACUGGGUAGAAACAAAUUCAGAAUUAUCCCACAAGGUCUUCCCGCCACUCUCGAGGAGUUAUACCUUGAAAAUAAUCAAAUUGAAGAAGUGUCAGAAAUCUGCUUUAACCAUACAAAAAACAUAAAUGUCAUCGUGCUAAAGCAUAACAAAUUGGAAGAGCACAGAAUAGCACCUUUGGCUUGGAUAAACCAAGAGAACUUGGAAUCUAUUGAUCUCUCUUACAACAAGUUAUAUCAUGUUCCCUCCUAUCUGCCAAAAUCUUUACUACAUCUGAUACUUAUAGGAAAUCAGAUUGAAAGAAUUCCAGGAUAUGUCUUUGGUCACAUGAAGCCAGGGCUGGAAUACCUCUACCUGUCCUUUAACAAACUCACUGAUGAUGGAAUAGAUCCCGUAUCAUUUUUUGGAGCAUAUCGCUCUCUGAGAGAGUUGUUUUUGGAUCAUAAUGAAUUAAAGUCCGUGCCCUUUGGAAUUAAUGAGAUGAGAAAAUUACGUUUUUUAAGACUGAACAAUAAUAAAAUAAGGACAGUCCCUCCAGAACGCAUCUGCAGGAUUCAUAUCGAUGAUGAUGACGUUCAUGAGAACAGUGAGGAAGAGGAGAAUGAAGAGUCACGCUUGGAACAUGUUCAUCUUGAAAACAACUACAUCAAUACAAGACAGCUAUCCCCACACGCGUUUCCAUGCAUAAGAUCCUAUUGUAGUGUUGUUCUUAAACCACAAAAGCGCAAAUAAACACCCAACUCUUGCAGUGUAACCCCUAUCUCUAGAAACACAGCUUUAUUUAUUCUCUGCUACUAACAGGUCUGCUUAUUUUCCAUUUAAACCCUUCUUACUACUAUAGAUAAGAUACAGUAUAUUAUAUACUGAAGUAUGGUAGUAGUGUAUUUCUUAGUAUCGUUUCAUUAUAAAUACAUUAAAUGGAAAAAUAGAAGCUAAAGAUUAUGUCAUAAAUUUUUAUUUCUAUUGACACAAAUUCUACUCAAACACAAUAUAUCAAACUGUGCCCCCAGAUACACCUCCACAAGAUCAGAUUUUAGAAAAGAAGAAUAUAAUUAAACCCUCAACAUUUGAUAUGGAUGUCUGCUUAGGUAUACUGUGAGUGUUUACAAAUAGACCUCUGCUUCCCUAGAAAGUUCAGUCUCUCGAAGAUUUUUGUAAUGUUUGAGUUCAGCGAAAAGAAACAUUUUUAAUAUUCUGCUCCAGAUUUUAAUAUUAUAUUCUUUCUCUAAAAUGGACAAAAAUUUGAAAAAAGUAGUUAAUAUUUUUCUUUCAAUGAAAAUUGAAAGCAAUUCUAACAUCUUUCAUAUUUCUUGAUUUCUACAGUCCUUUCUACCACCAGUAGGCUGGUGGUAAGAAAUAAUUACAAAUCACUGGCAAGUCAUUAUUAUUCACGUAGUUACUUUCCAUUUUCUCCUGAACUAUUCUGUGAGGCAUAAAAAAAAUUGUACUGUUUUCUUCAGUACUAUCAAUAUGCUGCCUCAUCAUUUCUUCUUCACAAUGGAUCGGAACAAAGAAUGAAAUGGCUUAAUCUAGGCUAUGACUUUUUUAAAAGCAUAUAAAAGCUGUAAGCAACCGCACAUCAUAAAACCUUCUAAGGAUACAUAUUAACUACCGAAGUGUAACUUUAUUGCCCUCGCUCUGGAAGUGAAGGUUUCACUGUGCCCACACAACAUUUAACAGUGAAGGACCUCCAAACAGGGUUUUUUUUUAGCGUAUUUUAUGAACACCCGAGUUUUGUUUUCUCUGACGCUAUCCAAUCAUGCUAAAAUCAAAAUCACAUUGCUUUAUUCCCAAAUUCUCUUUUACUCAAAUAAACUAUUACCUGCAAGGCACAACGGUAUUUCAUCAGUGAGUCAGAAGAUACUGCAUUUCUUGUAAGAAAUAAUCCUAAGAUAUGUGGAUUUCUGUAAAAAGACUGCUUUGGAUAUUUUGUUUGGUAAAGCAUGGUCAGACGACAUACCUUAGUGAUUUGCUAAUCACUAAAGUUUGCUAAAUAAGCGUGAAAUCAAGAGGUUGAGUUUUUACAUACGAUGUUCUGGGUUGGGUGAUUUGAUUUCAUUGCUUGUGCACUUUCAACAUUCGAUCCUCCCUUCCUCUUCACUUUGGCUAACACUUUGGCUAAUAUUCCUUUGUCUUUGGUCUAACACCAUCAAGUUCCCAUAAUACUGUUUUGAGACACUAAAACCCCCUAAAUUAUUAAAAUGAACACUUUUAGUCUAUUGCUAAAUAGCUUCAGACUUAAUUCACAACACUGCUGAGCGGUGCUUUCGGAACCUUUACAUGUAUUUUGAAUACAUGGAUUGACCCAAGGAGGGAUUUCCAGGUAAACUGGCUGUUGUAUUACACCAUUUUAUGCAUUCUUAUAAUAAAUCUAAGCAAAAUACCAUG